AUGUUUAGAAUUCCUGUGGAAUCUGUGAUGUCUUUCAACGAGGGACAGUUGGAAGAGAAGACUGUGGAUGAACCAACAAUAGAUAAACCUGCACAGAAUUUUGCCACCUUUGUUCACAGAGCCAUUCUGGCGGAUAUGUUCCGAAACAUAACUGUAACAUGGGCCAAAAAUAUGAUUUUCCACUCUCUUCAUAUCAUGGUAGAAAACCCUUAUGAGGAAGAUCAUUACAUGUGCAAAAUCGAUCUUAAAACGUGGCAGUUUUGGGGGAAAAAGGGUCUGAAAUCAUUUAAGGUUGAUGAGAAACGAGUUGAUGUUUUCUGGGAUUUAAGGUCUGCAAAAUUUAGUAGCGGCAGCCCAGAACCAACCUCCGAUUACUAUGUAGCACUGGUUUCGGAAGAAGAGGUGGUUUUAAUCCUAGGUGACCAGAAAAAAGAGGCAUUCAAGAGGACGAAAUGCAGACCAUCCUUACAAGAUGCUGCCUUGGUGCAUAAGAAAGAAAUUGUGUUUGCCAGGAAAUGUUUUUGCACCAAAACUACAUUAGGACAGGGUAAGACGGAGCACAACAUCAUCAUUGAGUCUGCUCUAUCUGGCCCUUGUGAUCCCGAAAUGUGGAUUAGUAUAGAUGGGACUGCAUCAAUUCGCAUAACUAAUUUGCAUUGGAGAUUUAGAGGCAAUGAAACAAUUAUGGUGGAUGAUUUGCCCGUACAAAUUCUGUGGGAUGUUCAUGAUUGGCUGUAUAAUGGCCAGCAUUCGGGAGCAGGCAUGUUUAUCUUCAAGCAAGGUGCAGAUGAACCUGAAAGUAUUCAUCUUGAUGGUGAAGAUUUAGCAAACCUGUCCUCCUCCAUAGACUUCUGCCACUUUCUUUAUGCUUGGAAAACUGAAUGA